AUGAGACGUCUUUUCAUCAUCGUCAUCAUCCUCGCUACGCUUACAGCUCCAGGAAUGAGCAUGAUGAAGAUAAGUUUGCAUGAUUAUCCAGACUCCAUUGAUGAUCCAUUUGAUGGAUGCAAAGACAAAAUGCGUGAGCUGAUUAAGACUAAAUACCUGGAGAAAGAGUUGGAAGAAAAUCAAUUAUUUGGGACUCUGUGGAAAAAAGUCAAACAACUGAUUAACUUAAAAGGAGAAUCUGAUGAUGAGUUGAGAAAACUAGCCCUGUCUGCAUACACUGGACCCAGCGUUUACCAAGUUCUAAACACUAAAAUGCGUGAUGAAAAGACACGCUACAAGACUGAGUUUGGCCUGAUUUCUUUACACUUUUUGAUAACGGAUGGCAUUCAAAGCCUUAACCCUGAUAAACAAUGCCAAACCACUUACCGCUUUGGGAGCGACAAAUAUGUAAUAAAAGGUGAUAAAAUAAGAUUUGGUAGUUUUGCAUCUUCUUCACGUAACCCCCGACUGAAAACAUUUGGUAGAAAGACUUGUUUUAUUAUUGAGACAUGCUUUGGUGCUGAUAUAUCUAAACUGUCUCUCUCUAAAACUGAGGCUGAAGUGCUGAUUCCACCUUAUGAAGAAUUUAAAGUAGAUCUUGCAGAAAAAGAGAUUCCAGAAGAACUUAGAGAUUGUGGUCAAGUUUAUAAACUAAUGAGCACAAAGGUCAAGAAGAACAACAUGAACUGUGAAUUGUUGAAAAUGACAUAAAUGGCUUAAUUGAUUGUGAGGCUAUGUUGUGUCAACAUCCAUUGUUGAAAGUGCUGUACAAAACAAAAAAAACCCUGAAUGGCUUUGUAU